AUGUGCAGCCCCGGGAGGAGCCGCUGGGAAACGUAGUCCUGGGCCAGACAUCCUCCCUUGGCGAGAGCCGCCGGCUCGGUGCCUGCCCGCCGGCUGCCGGGCCUCUGCCGCUGCCCCGUACGAGGGCCGUCUGAGAAGCUGGGCUGGGAAGGGGCUGUCGCUGCCCCUGUGGGCUGAGAGCAGGAGACCAAGGAAGGCAUGGAAGAGGGUGUCAUGUAUGCCGACCUGCGCUUUCCCCCCACUCCAGCUCCUCAGCAGCGAGUGCGCCUGCCCUGGUGCUGGGCAGCCCUCAGCCUGGGUCUCCUCUCCCUGGUGCUCCUGCUGGCACAAAUCAUCCUUGUCAGCCUGAGUUUCCACUAUCUGGUGCAACAACAAACAAGCUGCACAGAUGGUCUCUGGAAAACAGAGGAGAGCCCCAGCUAUGGGAAACAGACGCAGGAAGGGCAAUGCCAGUUUUGCCCGGUUGGCUGGCUCUGGGAUGCGGGGCAGUGCUACUACUUCUCCUCUGCCAAAAAGAACUGGGAGCAGAGCAGGGAGGACUGCUGCUCCAGGGGGGCACAGCUGGUCACCAUCCAAGCCAACACCACCCUGGCUUUCCUGGUGCGCACGGCUAGCAUGGAUGCCUUUCACGUGGGGCUGAAGCAGGACGGCUUCAGGGCGGAGUGGAAGUGGCUGGAUGGCACCACACUGGAAUGGACCUUCCCAGUCCAGCGCUACACCAGGUCCUUCCAGGCCUGUGGCAGGGUGUCAGGCUUGGGACUUUUGGGUGGUGCCUGCACAGAAUCCCUCAGAUGGGUCUGCAAGCAGAGUGCAGCCACCGUGCAGUGGCUCCAGUCCUCGCCUCCUGCCUUCCUCUGGGGAAACACCACCUACAGCUGUGUGAGGCCCUGAUGGCCAUGGUGACCCCCAGCCUGUGCCACCACCCUGUUCCCUGCCUGGCCCCAGUGCAUGGGCACUCCCAGGCUCUGCUGCCUCCUGGCCCAGUCCUCUCUACCCUCCAGAACUCUGCACUUUGCCAAUAAAUUCUGACAAUGACUGCAGCUGGCUUUGGGGUGUGGGGGUGGUAGGAUGGAGGUGCACCCUCCAGCUCUCAGACUCAGUGGCAUCACUCACAAGUGGGAAAUUGCAUCCUGUGGCCAGGAGCCAGCAUUGAGCCAGCAGGAAUCCAGGCAUCCCCAAGGUCCAACUGCAGUGCUCAGCAGCAGCUCCUGUGCAGGCUGCCACAGGUCCCAUGGAAGCUCUGGGCUUUCUGGUCGUGGUGGUUUGUUGAGAGCUUUGUAACAAGCUGGCUCGGAGCUAAAGCUCACAGUGAGAUUAAUUUGACCGAGAUAACGAAUGAGGGGAGUUGCCAUUCCAAUUAAACUGUGUCCUUGGCCCACGGAUGAAGAAAUACACACAGACAGGUGGUGGAGCGGGACAGCCUGGGAAAGUGGUGAUAGUUAUACCAAAACAGCACGUAGUUAGCUGAUAGCUAGUUAGCCAAUGGUGAGCUGGGAUUUUGCACUAUGCAUGAGCUAAUUAAAAGGUGUAUAAUAAUCGGUGAUUCGGGAAUAAAGACGAGACUUGUCGAUCAUCAUAUGGUGAGCAAGUCUUCCUUCUCCAUCACCUGGUGCUGUGCUGGCACCUGCAGCGAUGCCCCCCUGGCCCAGCUUUGGGCUCUGAGCUGGCAGCUCUCCCACGGGAAAGGCCUUGACCUACUCUCAGCAUCUCCCAGAGGC